AAUUUGAAAAAGGAAGAGAGAAAAUAGCCGUUAUUCCCGAAAAUCAUAUAGAUUUGGUUUCUUUUAUUGCUCAGAUCUCCUCCUCCAUUUCCUAAUAACUUAAAAUUUCCAUAUGCUCUUUGCAUUCUUUCUCAAAUUCCCUCGAAAACCUAAGCUAUUCAGUAAAGCAUGGUAGCCGCAAGAUCUUCUUCUCUCAUUUCAUCCAGACCCUCAAGCCCUAACCCUAACACCCUCCGCAAAAGUGGCACCUUCAAUCUUUCCAGGUCCUGCAGCGGCUCAGAAAUUACUCGUAGGAACUCAACCUCCAAUCCCACCAGCGCACGAUCAUCUCCACGUUCUUCCUUUGAGCACAACGAGAACCAGAGAGACCAUAACCACUCCAAGGCAGCGAGAUCGAAGUCCUCAGCCAUCAAUCCUUCCAAGGGCAUGAAGAGCUUUAUGGCCCCAACGAUCUGUGCGUCUUCUAAGAUCACUGCAGCAUCUCCAAGGAAGAAGAUUCUUCUAGAGAGAAACCAGGUGGUUCGGGACUGUAUGGAAAACAACGUUGUUUCAGCUGAAGAAGUGAAAGGGGGGGAGAUCAAGCAGAAACCUGAAAUUGAUUUUGAUUCUGAAGAAAUAUCAAUUCAAAAUAGGUCAAGAAAAUUGGAUUUUAGUAGUACCAAGAGUUAUUACCAAUUGUCAGCCACCGGAUCUCUUGAUGCUGCUGAUUCGGAUGCUGAUCCAUCUUUUCCUCCUUAUGAUCCGAUGAAAAACUACCUUUCACCAAGGCCCCGCUUCCUUCACUACAAGCCUAAUCCUAGGAUUGAGCAACAUCACGAAUUCACCGAAAAUUUGCUUUAUAUGGGAGACGCCAGGCGACUGGAAGACAGCUUCUCUGACUCUGAGGGCUCUGAGGAUUGCAGUGGAUACACUGAGCAGUCUUCGCCUCUGAGGGAACCUGACUAUGAAAUUUUGAUGAAGACACAAGAAGCUCUAGCUCCUGAAGAAAAUCACGUUUUUGAAUCUAACCCUAGACCUGAAAAGUACAAGCCGAAAGCAAGUUGGACUGGAAGGUUUAAGCUAAUACCAUUUCUUUUGGUCUUUAGUGUUUUCUUGGUUUCUGUUCCCCUAAUUGACUCGCCUAUCCUUUCUCAUUUCACCAUGAAAGAUCAGUCGUUAGCUGCCACUCUCACUAGGCCUUUGAGAUUCAUUCAAGAUAUCCAUCUUUAUGAUUACCUUGAUGUUGCCAGUAGGAAUCUUCAAGGAUUAGCUACCAGGAUGAGGCAAUGGUCAAUAAAUUCUAUUCAUUUUCUGAUCUCUUCUGGUUCCUUCUCAAAAGAGCCAGACAUAUCUCACUCAUUGAACACGUCUCUCCUUUCAAUGGCUCAGAGUGCAACUUUGGAUUUUUGCAGUAGAUCUGACUUUGUGCUUCCUGGGCAGGAUGUUAUAUUUAAUAGACAAAAUGAUCUUUUGGAUUACAUAGAAAUGGCGUUUGAACAUGAUAAGGCUGAUGGUGAGACCUUGAUGGGUAAAUCAAAGGAUGUUUCGGACAAGCCUGAAGUUGUGCUCUUUCAAAAUGUUAUUGGAGAUAGCACAGAGUUACUGGACAGGAAUAUGGAAGAGAACAAUAACCUCAAAUACAAUCAACUUAAUUCCUUUACUGAUCCUGCUGUUCAAUUUGGAAGCAUUAACAAUAUCGAUCAAAUAGAUAAGAAUGAGAUUGCCAUAUCUGAAGAGUUUGAUGGAGAAGGUGAUAUGGAAGAGCAGCUUGAAGAACAAGUUCUAAUAGAGUUGGAAGAACAUAAAAUUCAUCCCUUUAACAAAGAAGACAUUAACUCCACUGUGUAUCCUGCAGAUGAGACACAGAUAUCAAACAAAAAGAACUUUGAUACUGUACCUUAUGCUUUUUCUAAUGCUACGUUGUUGAUGCUUGUAGUAUUAGGAAUGUUUGUUUCUGUCGCACUUGCUACCAAAUUGAUCUCUUUCUUUAUAAAUAUAAAGAAGAAUACCCCUACUUCUGAUGAAAAACUUUUAAACAAGAAAAUUAAAUCAGUUUCUGACGGUGCAAAGAGUUGCAGACAUGCUAAUGGAGAUUUUUGUUGUAACCGAUUGGGACUUGCAGAGAUGGUGUGUGAUUCUGGUCCUACAGAAAUGAGCUCCAGCUUUAACAAUCAUUUGUCCUUUAGCAAGCAGAUGAGCAAGAUAGAAAGUCAUGAUGUUACUCCAAGCCAAGAAAAUAUGCAGAGGAGAGAAUCUGGAGUAUCUUCUUCUAUCCCUUAUGGAAGUUUCACUUCUUAUGAAAAACGCUCUAGAAAGGGCAAGAAGCAGGAGGAAGUUGUGACUCCAAUCAGGCGAUCGAUUGGAUCUCAAAUCUCAGGACUUCUUGUUUCUUGCUCUUAUGCUAGCUGCGUACCAAAACAUCAUGGUUACUGCACUUGAUUUGAAGAGGAAGAUUUGUGCUGCUUAACUUUGAUUUUCUUUCGCUUCAUUCUAUGAUUGUGACAUUAUUAUGAUCAAUGAAAGAGGCAUGAGUGGCAAUGGAUAAUAGCAUUUCUUUAGGAUAACUGACUCUAUAUAAUAGCAUUUCUUUAGUA